AUGGAUGAUCGAUCAUGGAUGUAUCGUCGUCUUAUGGAUGGUCGCCUUCGUCCUGAAUACAUUACCGGUGUUAGAAGAUUUAUCAAUUUUGCAUUUUCAAUUGAUAAAAAUAUAUCUGGGGGAAAAAUUAGAUGUCCUUGUGUGAGGUGCAAAAAUCAAAAGUUUUUAAAGGAAGAUGAUGUUUGUAAACAUCUAUUGACAAAAGGUUUUAUACCUUGUUAUGAAAAUUGGACAGUACAUGGGGAGCCUUAUGUUACGGAACCAAUAUUGGCUGGACCUUCAUCAAUUGGAAUGAGUCAUGUUAUGAAUGAUGUUUGUCUAGAGAAUCCAUAUAGAAAUCUAGUUAUAGAUGCAAUGGGGGUUGGUGAUGCAUUCUAUAAUGAUAACGUGUCUAGUCCUAUGGUAGCAGGGGAAAUUCCAAAUCCGGAGGCAACUAAAUUUUUUAAUCUUUUGAAAGUUGCGGAGGAGCCGUUGUGGGAUGGGUGUACCAAGCAAUCCAAAUUAUCUGCUUGUGUACAAUUGCUUAAUAUGAAGUCAACAUUUAAUUUGACUCAGAAUGCCUUCAACAAUUUUAUUGAUUUUACAAAAAGUUGCAUGCCUAAUGAUGAAAAUUUGGUAUCAAAUUUUUAUGAUGCCAAGAAAUUUAUGCGACCACUUGGACUUGGGUAUGAGAAAUUUGAUGUGUGUCCUAAUUAUUGUAUGUUGUACUAUGGGGCUGAUGCAAUGAAAACAAAUUGUGAUUUUUGUGGAAGUUCACGAUACAAACCUAGAAAUCCAACCAGUAAAGGUUCCAAUAAGGCAGAGAAGCAACUUCGAUACUUUCCCUUAACACCAAGGCUUCAAAGACUGUUCAUGUCUCCAUAUCACGCCAAAGAUAUGACAUGGCAUCAUUAUCACAAGUCAGAUAAUGGGGUUAUGGUGCACCCAUCUGAUGGGGAGGCAUGGAAGGAGUUUAAUCGUGUUCACUUCAGCUUUGCAUCAGAUCCGAGAAAUAUUCGAUUAGGGUUGUGCAUUGAUGGGUUUUGUCCAUUUGACAUGUCUUCAAAUACAUACUCUUGUUGGCCAGUAAUUGUGACUGUUUAUAAUUUGCCUCCGUGGAAGUGCAUGACUAGACCAUUCAUGUUUUUGACAAUGCUGAUUCCUGGGCCAAAGAAUCCGGGUAAAAAGCUUGAUGUUUUUCUAAGACCUUUGAUUGAUGAGUUAAAGAAUUUAUGGUCUGUUGGUGUUGAAACAUAUGAUGUCUACAGAAAAGAAAAUUUUCAAUUAAGGGCAGCUUUGAUGUGGACCAUUAGUGACUUUCCAGCAUAUGGCAUGUUAUCGGGGUGGAGUACUCAUGGAAAUCUGUCUUGUCCUUAUUGUAUGGAGCAUAGCAAGGCUUUUAGAUUAAAAAAUGGACGGAAAACUACAUUUUUUGAUUGUCAUCGACGAUUCCUACCCAUGAACCACCCAUAUAGACAUCAAUCAGAUAAGUUUUUGAAAGGAGUAAUUGAAAGGCUCCCUCCUAUACCUCGUCCAUCUGGUUUGGAAAUGUUAAAUGAAGUGUCCAAGUAUACUGAGGGAUAUAUUGGAGGUUCAUCAUAUAAUGUUAAAAUUCCAGGAUUUGGUGUUAAACACAAUUGGGUGAAGAAGAGUAUUUUCUGGGAGCUUCCAUAUUGGCAUAUAAAUUUGAUUCGUCAUAAUCUUGAUGUCAUGCAUAUUGAGAAAAAUGUCUUUGACAAUAUUUUUUAUACAGUAAUGGAUUGUCCUUAUAGAAGCAAGGACAAUUUAAAGGCUAGGUUGGAUAUUCAAUUGUAUUGUCAUAAGCCAAAUUUACAUUUGCAACAAGAUAUGAGUGGUCGGGUUUACAAACCUAAAAGCACUUAUUGUCUACACAAGAAACAACAACAAGAAGUGUUGUCAUGGAUGAAGGAGUUAUCAUUUCCUGAUGGUUAUGCUUCAAGCAUUUCACGAUGUGUGAAAGAGGCACAAUGUAAGGUUUCGGGGAUGAAGAGCCAUGAUUGUCAUGUCUUCAUUCAAAUACUUAGGGAACGAGGAAUUAGAGUGCAUCCUUCGAAUGGUUUGGUUGAAAUCAAGCAUACAUCUCGACUACAAGGAAAUGAAGAUUUUGUGCUAGCACAACAAUGUCAACAAGUCUACUAUACAUAUCCACCUGGUAAUAAAUCAUCUGAAUGGUGGACGGUUAUUAAGACAAUUGCUAGAAGUCGUUAUAAUGUUGACAUGGGUGAAUUUAUUAAAGAUGCCAACAAUGUAACAUCAUUUGAUGUUGAUCAAUCAGAUGAGAUUUCUCAACCAUGUUAUGUCCUUCCUACUCAAACACUUGAUGAUCCAAAUAUACUUGUUGAAUCAUCUUAUUAUGAAGAAAUCGGGCAACAUGAAUUGCUUCAACUUGACAUAAAUUGGGGAAACAAAGAUGAUGAAGAAGAAGAUGAUGAUGGUGACGGUGAUGGUGACGAUGAUGGUGAUGGUGAUGAUGAUGGUGAUGGUGAUGGUGACGGUGACGAUGACGGUGAAGAAGAACAUGAUGAUGAUGAGGAUGAGGAUGAUUGUUAUGGUGGUGAUGGCUAG